UAUUUUCACAGAGACGACCGUUGACUGUACUGAUGAUCUACAUACCGCCAUUUCGUUGGGGACUUUCGCAUCACGAGGUCGUGGCUAGGAAGACGCGGAUACGUGGACAGUAACGUUACGACGUACGUGUUGGAUCCAUACCGUGGAAGACCCUACAAGAAUUAUUGGAGAUUCAGAUCGCCAUAACAAGCAGGAUCGGACCUGUCGUUGAAUGACUCAGCCCGCUCUAAAUAAUCUCUGAGUCGGAAACUUACUUGACCGAAGGAGUUGUUUGCGCUGGCUUUCCGCAAACGUACUACAUGUACAAGAAGAAGAGACGCUGGUUCAGGGUUUGGCACUGAACGGCUAGCUAACGUAGAAGUCCGUGCUCAACGUUCGUGCGACCAGCAGCACCUUACUGCUGCGGUACAUUGCGGGCAGAGAGACCGAGACACCGUGUUCUUCUAACUUCUUGAUGAUGGCGUAUGCUAGCAUGGGUUCGAGAUGCGACCCUAGACCCUACUAGACUGUAGUCGCUGACCGUUGAAACUUCUGUUGCGGAAACAAAUCAACAGCACGCGGCCAGGCAGAGUCCGACUGCACCAGCAAGCUCGUCAUCCUUACCCCCCUCAAAAGUUCUUUCUGAUACAGCAACGUGCAAGCGAAGACAAGGAGCUAUGCCUGGCGAAUCUGUCGCUGACGAGCUGGCUGCGCGGUUGCGCCUGGCCUGCCUGCCCGACCAAACCGGUGGUGAUUUCGACGGCGACGAGCUCUCGCUUUACGAAGCAACUCUGAAGCAAAUCAGAGAGACUAUUGCAGGAGUACUGAAUGGUCGUCGACGAGUCCGAGCAGCGAGAGGCGGCGGUGGCGGUAGUAGUACGGACAUGUUCCCACAGCAACUUCUCCUGGACUGCAUUGUACAGUCAUUGCAGAGGAUAGAUGACUCCGGGGCAGACAGAGCAAAGCAGCUGAGAACGGCCUUCGGCUGGCUAUGGAAACUGGCCAAGAAUCUUCUUGUGGAUCCAGGACGCAACGAAACGAAAAAAAUUCUGCUCUACCAAGGUGUGUAUGUGCUCUACAUCAGCAAGGUGCACGGCAACCUAGCGCUGCUGGAGCGCAUUGGCUACAGGAAGAAGCACGAGGCAGACGCGACUGCGCAGGUGCUGAUUCGGCAUGGCGAUGUAGACUGCGUUGCAGUAUCUGUCAUGGCUAUCAACUUCCUUGCUGCAGCACGGCUCAUCAAGCUCCUUGAAGAAGCGUGCAGUAUGGCUGGAAGAGGGUUCUCAUUACAGGAAGCCCUGCAGACCUGGACUAAGUCGCAAGACGGGCCCAUCAGUUCCGAUCAAGUGGGACAGCUGAUGAGACAGGAGCGGGACUGGAGAGAGGCGGAAGAACGGCGCAAGCGAGAAGAGGAGCUCCGUCGUCAACAGGAAGCCGAACGCGAGAAACGGAGACUGGAGGAGGAGAGAAGGCGACGCGAGGAACGCAUUCGCAGAGAGGCAGAGGAGAAACGUAAGCAAGAGGAAGCUCGGCGAGAAGAGGAAAGACUGAAACAAGAACUCGAGGAGAAAUUAAAACGAGAAGAGAACGAGCGGAGAAGAAGACAAGAGGAGGAAGAGCUUGCCGAGCGUAAACAUCAGGAGGAGAUUAAGAAGAGAAAGGCUGAGGCCGAAGCUCACGAAGCUGAAAUUCAGGCAAAGUACCGAGAACAGAUGCGGCUGGCAGAACAGCAGCAGCGUGACGCUGAUGAUGCACAGAGAAUCCACACGCAGAGAAGCGAAGAACUGCGGAGAGCCUAUGACAAUCCAGUAUCACACGAUGAUCAUUAUAGCAGUGCUCAGCUAGAUCCAACAUCAUCCGCCUCCGGUUUGAACCAGGCAUCACCUCAGAAUCAGCAUCAACAACAACAAAAUCGACAACAACCACAGCAGCCCAUGGGCCAUCUGCCUGUCGACACCCCACAGUUUGUAAAGAAAACGGCUCGUUACAAUGUCCAGUCAACACCUAAUACUGAUGUUAGUCAGUUGCCUGUGCGUUACCCGCCAGGCCAUGUCUCUAAUAAUGCGCAGAACGUGGGCAGCUCUAACAUGGACGUAGCACAUCAGCAUGUGCAGGCAAGCAGUCGCCUGCCAGGACCCAGCGAUUCUGCGCAGCCACCUCUGCGAGUUGGCUCUGUGGGUGACAAUACACGCUCGGUAAUGGACGAUCUGUAUGGUGGUGACGGUGCUGAUGUCGCUAACGAUGUGCACGCGCCGGAGACCCGUCAACAGCAGCCACCUAAGGCCAAUGCUGCUGCGAUGAACAGGUCCUUCAUUAAGCCUCGCGUCUGCAGUGCACCUGUCAACAGCGUGGGUGUGGACGGAAACAACAGCGGCAGAGUCGCAGACGUGCACACUGCACCCCACCAAGGACCCGACGCGGCGUUUGUAAGCAGAGGCGGCGAACACUGGAGCGGGGAGCACGCAGGGCAUGGCGUUGGCACCGGCAGUGAGCAUCGCAUCGUCCAGCCAAGAGAACUACCAGCAUCACAGGGGUCAUCCGCGUACCAGUCUGAGCAGCAGUACAUGCGCUCACAUCAGCACAACGAACGUGCUCAUGGCCAGCGAUCCAAUCAACCCGUGCCUACCCCACGCGCCCAACAACCUAAUCCAUCUGUAGUAGCAGAUGUCGCAGCAGUUGCUAAAGGCCACGGACAAGCAGCUCAGUUACAAAAUCUACCAGUCUCCCAUCCUAACGGUGUACCCUAUGAAAACAGCCGCACUCAGCGAUUCAGUGAUACCCCAGCCAGUCAUCAAGUUGAUAACAGAAAACCGACUGGAGUCUUUGUGUCAAGCAACAUUGCCACUGGGGCUGCUACUGGUGCUGGUCCUGGCAUCAGUGCUGUUGAUAUGGGUAGUGCAGGUCCUGGUGUUGAGACUGCCAGUGCUGCAGGUAGGACUAGCGAGGUCGCUGCGGCCGAUGGCGCGGGUACUGGCGCUAAUACUAAUGUUGCUGCGCCCGGUGCUGGAGCUAGUGAUGUGACCGGGGCCCGGCCUGUAGCUGGAGCACCUGCAGUGGAGCAGACUGAACAGCGUGGUGAUGAUGAGGAGGGGCGCCGACGUCGUCUCGAAGCACAGAAACUCGUGAAUGCCACUGCCGAGCGUAUUGCCGAUGACGCAAAGAGGCUGAUGGAGAACAGCGACAGCGAAGACGAGUUGGAACUGCCUUCAGCAUCCGCUGCACCUAGCGCAGCCCGGUCCUGUCUCAGGGCCGAGCAAAAGCACUCCGGUCGAGUGACUCUGACCACUGAGGAUGAUCACGAUCGACCGCACAGUGUGUCACAUGCCCCGGGCAACAUACACGAUAAUGCCAGUCACAUCAGCGAGCAGGCCAGGAGACUGAUUGAGGAUUCGGACAGCUGCGAUCCACUGGCCACCCUGACGGCUACAGUAACACACAGUGGCCAGAAUGCGCCAGGCCGUGUUUCUCAACCUGACCAGACUUCAUCUGGAUCUGUUUAUACAGCAACGCAUACAAUGCCUGGUCCUGGACAACAAGGUACACCCAUAUACAAACCACAGCCAACAAGAGAGGCUGGCCCGAAUGUAGACACUUUAUCCCGGCAUCAAGGCAGUAAGGAGGCGCAGAGCGAAGGUCUCAGUCUCGAUCAGGCCACUGCUGCCAGCACAGCCCCUGGCUUAGGCAAGACAUACUCUGGCUCGGGCAACACACACCCUGGCUCGGGCAAGGCUUUGCUGGCGGCAUCGCUGAGCAAUUUGGACGGGUCACGCCAGCAAAGAGGAGAGACUUCAUCGUCUGACUUGACCAGAUCAGCAAUAUUUACAGCAGACAGGGCAGCAGGAACGCAGCGGGAGUCAGCGACAGGUGGCUUGUCGUCGAGUAGUUCCCGGUCUUCCCCCGCAUCAUCAAUUGCCUCGUUCUUUGUCACUUCGAAAUUGGAGCCGGCUGGCUCGACUGGCAGAGAGCAAAUUCCCCCGGAGCGCGAUGCAUCAGCGUUGGCAGGCUUCAUUUCAGGUGUUGUAAGUUCGACUGGUGGUGACCGGCAAGGGCACUCUAAGCCUACUCUUAACUCUGAAGUAAGACCCGAAUUAUCAGCCGGUCUGGACAGCCAUGUAAGUGGUUUGGAUAAAUCCACGCCAGUGGCCAAAGAGCGUAGCGUUCUGAAGAGCCGCGAUGUGGACUCGAGCAUGCGGUAUUCACCGAAUGCACGCAAGCGGGAGCACCAAGCCAGUUCGACCGCACCGGCGCAUGCUAUCGCGGGGAAAGCUAGCGGAGGAGACGACGAAGACGGCGUCAGUGAUGAAGUCAAGUAUCAGGCGCCUGCAAACUUGACGAAUGCAGUAAGAACUACAGCUCCGGAUUUUAAGAAGGCUGCUGUAACAUCUUCAAGUGGUUAUCAGCUGGAGUUACAAGAGUCGGGAGUGAAAUGCCCCAGUCGGAAGUGCGGCUAUGAACUAUCUAGGCAUGAGAUCAGUAAAGGCUGUAGAGCAUGCCCUAUGUGCCACCUGGAUUUGGGAAUGUGAAGCGGAGGAAAACGAACCACACGCCUAGUUACAGUUUGGUCUACAUAUUACACAUCGUGUUCAAGUGUUGAACGACGAACUGAGGGGAAAUGAGCUUAAGGUUAUGGCCGAUCCGAGAUGCGGUCAUGGUCACCAUAUUCCAUUCUUUCAUCAUGGUUCAAGUCUGCAAUGCAGGCACCAUGUUCAAUCCUUUUGGUAGUCUUAUCAGUAUUCCCCAAUGUCCACUGCCAGGAGUUCUGAAUCUCUCUCUCUCCUCUCUCUCUCUUUCUCUCUUCUCUCUCUUUCUCUCUCUCUCUCUCUCUCUCUCUCUCCUCUCCUCUCUCUCUCUCUCUCUCUCUCUCUCUCUCUCUCUCUCUCUCUCUCUCUCUCUCUCUCUCUCUCUCUCUCUCUCUCUCUCUCUCUCUCUCUCUCUCUCUCUCUCUCUCUCUCUCUCUCUCUCUCUCUCUCUCUCUCUCUCUCUCUCUCUCUCUCUCUCUCUCUCUCUCUCUCUCUCUCUCUCUCUCUCUCUCCCACUCCUGUCCAUCUAUUUCAUCAUUCUAUGUAGGACCGAAUUGCUAAGCUACAGAGCGAAAACAUUGCAGCAAGAUGCUCUGAGGGAAGACACUUGAACCAAGCCUGAUUCUUUGCUGCACACAGCAAUCCCUGCAUCCCCAGUGCAUCUAUAUCUACCAACAUGAAAAACUAUGCCACGAAAUGCUUCCUACUUCUUGCAUACAUUUAUCCAGUUCCAGAUUUCUUUUGCCGAUAAAGGUGUUUCUUUGCAAUGCAGGUACAUAUACAUGUACAUGUAGCUUGGUCCACGCAGAUGUAUUUUGUAGACAAUGAUACUGUUAAUUACCAUGGAGGACUAGUAUUGCAUACCAGGUAUAACGUUAGAAUAAUCGUAAAAGUAAACAAUGUGAAUGCAGUGGCAUCGUUGAUGAUGUUUUUCCAUCGA